AUGGACGAGGAGCGCAUGCAGGAGAAGAUCGAAGAAGCCUGGCCGCAGCUGGUCACAGCAUUUGUAUUCUUGCUCCAUGGUCUUCUUCCAGUCUUCUCCACGAUGUCUUCGCUGUCCGUGGUGCUUGGUGCUCUGGGUCCAGCUACGGAGUCCUACAGCUGGCAAGGUUGGGACUUCUUAAAUCGAAUGGCCUGUGGUUCGCUUGGGCUGUACAGUCUUUUCUCCGUUACUGUCCAUCAACUGCAAAGGGACUUCCCUGAGGAUGAAUUGCUGACAGCUGGUGUUGCGGUCAGGGCCUUCGUGCGAGGAGUCCUUUUGUUCCGGGCGGCGGCUCGGGCUUGCUGCUUUCUGGCUGCGUGGCUCUACUUGCUGCUGAUGGUGGACUCCGUGACGGAUUGGGUGUGGCGGCUAGAGCAGGGGACAGUACUGGGCAUUCUGGGUCCCAUGGCUUGGCUUCUGAAUGCCAAGUCCUUGAAUCCUUUCGCCAACGAGAAGUCCAUGUUCUUUUGCAUGAACCUCAUCUCCGUCGUCUCCCAACAGCGACUUGUGGAAGUGCUAGCACGGCGUGAAGUUCUGCUUCGCCUGAUUGGCGCUGAGCGCGUGAUGGCAUCCACCAUUUGCCUGCUGCUGAAAGGCGUGUCCGUGGCAUGCGCGCCGUCCAAAAGCGCCAAUCCCAUCGCCGAGUUCCUGGUGCGCGUGGCCCCUCCGCCCGCCUGCUGCGUGGCGAUCGUCGCGCUUCGGGAUCACGCCAUGCCCUUGGGCAUCGCCGUGGUGAUUGCGCCGCAGCUUACAGCCCGCCUGGGCAGCACCAGUUGCCUGGUGGCGGGACUCUUGGGCGGAGCCUAUGCCGCGCACGCGAACCUCUCCGUGUGGUACGCGUACCGCGGGGACCUGGACUCCGCGGCCUUGCGCCUGGCCAUGCUGGUGCCCGGCGGUGUGUCGAGCCAGGCCAAGGGCCUGCUGCGGGGGGUGCUGGCGGGGGCGCAUCGCCGCGCCGUGCAGAUGAUGGCCAUGGGCAUCCUGCAAAGGGCCUUCCGGUGGCUGACGCAGCGGUGA